CACGGAUAUCGGACGAGCUGCCUGUCACUGGAAAGUUGCACCAAUCUAGGAUCUUGCUACAGCAUGAGCACCGGAUCCUUAAACGGCUAGAGAUUAUCGACUCAGAAUUCGAUCCGAAAGGCGUCCCACGUUCACAGGGCGCUGAGCCGCCAACAAUAGAGACAGAGAUUGAAGGGAGCACAAUAUCUUCAGCAGGACUCGUGGAGGGAGAAAAAUACUUCAACAGGAUCGUCGAGGAUUUUGUGGACUUGGAGCAACCUGAAAUAUCUUUACUUAUCAUGCGACGACUGGGGCCGAACUUGCUUUCCUCAUAUCAUCACCGGUUUCUAGGCUUGGACGAAACGGAUGGUCACCAAAGCCUAGAGCACCCUGCUAAGCGACUUGUAGGAUCUCCUUUUCCUGAUGUUUAUGCAUUUCUGGUGUUUUGCUUAAAGGCCGCGUGUGUAUUGGAGGCGUUGCAGCGAUCGAACAUGGCGCACCUCGCUCUUUGCCCCACUGCGUUUCAUUGGGCGCCUCCUGACACAGACAUCACUGGCCCCGUCCUUUCCAAGACGGACGGAAGACAGAAACAGGUCUCCACCAGUAUACCCCAGCCAAACCCAUCUUCGUUAUAUCACGUUGCAGACUCUACAGCAGUCGACAGCUCUGUACAACAACAUGGUCAGGAUACUGAGUCAGUUAUACAGAGCGACAACCCAUCUCUAUCCGAAAUAGAUCUGAAUAAGACGAGGCUACGGCUAUUCGACUUUACGCACUCCAAGAUUCUGAGCCACGAGAGAGCAAGGGCGCCCAACAACAUCUUUGAGUGGCAGAUUCCAGGCUAUUUAGAGUAUCAUCUACAGUACUUGGCACCGGAGCAGACAGGUCGAGCAGAGACUUGGAUGGACCACAGGACGGAUAUCUACGGAUUAGGUACAACUCUGUUCUCGCUACUGACGAUGCAGUUUCCGAACCGAGGGAACGACAGUGUCCAGAUCCUGCAAGGUGUCCUGUCUAUCGAUCUUCCACCUCUGGGAAUGUUCAGGCCGGAUAUGCCCCCGAUAAUCGACGACAUACUACGAAAGAUGACGCGGAAGCAACCAAGCCAGAGAUAUCAAAAUGCAUUUGGUUUUAAGCAGGACAUUCUUAGGUGCCUCAAUGAACUACACAGGACCGGCACUAUCAAAUCGUUUCCACUCGGCAAAUAUGACAUCUCCUGCCAGUUCGUGCUGCCGAAUACUGUCUUUGGGCGUCAUGUCGAGCAGCAGAUGAUAUCCGCCGCCAUCUCACAGGCAGCUAGCGCCUGUAAGCAUUCACUCAAUAACGAUAGCCCCUACACCUGUUCCUCGGAAGACGACAAUGUAGAUGUGAGGCCCACAACAUUCAAUGACUCGGACCAUUACGUUUUCGAGGACGACAUCGUCUCUCUGCAAAGACAGGCAUGCUCCAAAAUCCCUCUUUCAUCAAAGACACUGCUCAGGACACCAAAACCGUUCGAUGGUGGUAAAUCUGUACCCAGAGGAUCAGAGGCCACUGAUUCUGUGGUGCGAGCAAUCUUUGUCAGCGGUCCAUCUGGCGUUGGAAAAACGGUCCUUAUCAGAGGAAUGGCCAUGGUUGCCCGCAAUUCUGGCCUCUUUGCGGGAGGUGUCUUCGAAGCGGAGGGAUCCGAGCCGUACUCUGCCAUCAUUUCAUGCAUCCAGAGCGUCCUGCAGCAACUCCUGACUCAGCAUACAGAAGCUUUGGCGUCCUUGGUGGUUGCGAUCCGGACGGCAUUUGGUCCCAAUUCUGGAAUUGGGAUUGUUUGCGACCUUGUGCCAGAACUGAAAUACUUCUUCAGAGGCUCGGAGAUGUCCAAGAGCAAAGACGUUCCACUGACACAUUCUAUCGCCAGGUUCCAUGCCUUAAUUCUAAAGCUGAUCAGGGUCAUAUCGACGCAUUUCUUCAUGACAUGGCUGAUCGACGACAUCCAUUACGCAGACGAAAACUCGAUCGCCUUGUUGGCCACCUUAGUCAACGUCAGCAAACGGCUGCCCAUUGUAUUGAUCAUGACACAUCGGGAUACUGUCGACUGUUUAAUCAAGGUAAAGCAGAUAUUGGGCGGCAGAAAUGUUACAGGAGCCUAUCACACAGGAAGCUAUGAACCGUCCAGCAGCAUGCACCAUGACCCUUUGGUGCAUGAGAUAUCGGACCUGAGCCGGACUGCGAGUACCUCUUCGCCUAUGACUCAGGCGGCAGCUAUUAGGACUGCCCGCCUGCCACUAGUGGUACGCGGAGGUGGAGGAGUAAGAUUCAUUCGACUACUCAACCCUACAUUGGAGGCCAUUCAAGAGUUUUUGGGGGUGCUUCUUCAUCGCAGUGUGGCAGAUGUGCUCCCUCUUGCGAUAGUACUCCACCAAAAAUCAUGGCUCACGAUUCGGCAGUUGGUACUAGAAUUGCACAGGAAUCGAACGAUUUAUUUCGACCACACCAAAAGAGUCUGGGAUUGGGAGUCGUGUCCAGAAACAUUGGCAGACGUGGUGAGAAAGCUCACCGGGGAGGAGUAUGCAUUUCUGGAGAGUAGGUUCAGAGCACUGGAUUGCGAUACCAAGAAGACACUCAUCUGUGCAGCAAUUUGUGGCUCUGUUUUCACCAUACACGACUUGCAACAUCUAGCCUCCACAGCGUAUGUAUGGAUAGGACGCGGACCAAAUCAAAACCUACCACCGGAACAGCAGAACUACGCGCCGGAGACCAUCGUGCCUGACUCGAACAAUGGAAGCAGUGCCAUGGCUGGAUUACAAUCGGCAUUGAGUGAGGGUAUUCUCGUUUACACUUCGAUCACAGACGUCUUGCGAUGGCAUCACAACGUCAUGCGGAGGGUUGCGCUUGGGUUGUUGGAAGGCACGGACGAGAAGGAGCGACUCCAUUACGAAAUGGUCAAGAUCUUGGUUCGAUCGCCGGGACAGGAGUUCAGGGCCGCCACUCAUUUGUUGCAAUGCAUUGAUCUUGCCAAGAAAAAAAUUACCCCAGGCUUGGAAGAGCGUGAGGCAAAGGAAAAGCCGUACUGGGUCCCUGUGGCGGAUGAAGCUGACCAGACUCGGCCAGCCGAGCUGGACGCCCGGAUUUUACGGGCCAUUCUCACUUUGGCAGGCGAAAGGUCCCAAAAGACCGGAGCUCAAGACAAGGCAAUGGAAUAUUGGGAUGCUGCGAUGCUGCUUCUACCCAAUAAUUGCUGGGAUCCAUAUGAGCAGGAGGACGCUACUGCAGGCACUGACGAUACUCGCGAUGGACAGAGCAAUGUGCGCAUGGAGAGCAAGCCUGAGGCAGAGAGUAUGUCCGGGAAGUUGGCUCUUUACCAAGAAGCACUCAAGCUGCAUAUGCAGUGCAUCGAAGCUCAAAGAUGGCUCGAAAAUUUCGACCGGGCCAUGGAGAUUGGCGAUGGCGUGCUAGCCGAGAUCACGGAUCCGAUUGACCGCGCGCGCGUGUAUCAGCAUCAGAUCGAGUUGUUUGUCUGGGCUUAUAGUCGGCCAGAGCAGGCAACCAUCCUCGCGAUCCGAUGUUUGCAAGAGCUUGGAUUGUCCAAGGACGUGUCGUUCUGUCCUACGCAGCAGGAAAUUCGAGAGCUCUACAACUGGACACAUUUCAUGCUGAUGGAUCAUAUGGCAGAGCUGGAGGCUGAAUAUCCCAAACAGUGCACAGAUUUAAGGAUCAUUGCUAUGAUGGAGGUGCUAUCGACAGCCAAUGCUACAUUGUACUACAAUAACGUUCCUUUCUUGGCUGCCGGCAUUGCUCAGGCGAUUAAGCUAGUAUGUGAAAACGGUAUCACAAAUAGUGCUGGGCGCGCGAUAGUCUCGUUUGCUCUCACGCAUGCCACAUGGCACGGCUGCCUUGACAAAGUCUACGAGCUCGGGAAAUUGGCCUGCAAGCUGUGCAAGGACAAUCACCAUGUGAAGCUCCUUUUUAACCUGACUGUCCAACAAUGGGGCGAUCACGUCGCUAACUCAAUACCUGCACUAGAGGAAAUCCUUCAGGAUGCGGACUUGGCUUGUGAUCGGCUCUUUCAUACAGCGGGAAUGAUACACGUCUCGAUGAUGCGAAUCUUGCUAGGAAGAGUGCAUCUUCGCGACUGUAUGGCUGCCACAAUGGACCUUAUCGCCAAGCACACCGCAUUUGGGCCCAAGUCGCAUGGCGUAGAAGUCAUACACGGGAGUCUACAGCUCAUCAAAUGCCUGAAAGGAGAAACACACUCAAACAACCCGGAGACGAUCUUUGACGACAAUGAAUUCGCCGAAUCGAAAAUACAUGGAAAACGAGACAAGGCUCUGGUGAUGGUCCAUAAUAACAACAUGUAUUUAGUGCUCAAGGUCGUGGCAGCCUUCGUGUUCGGCCACUACGCGUACAUCAACAAGGUGACGACUACAUGGCACGACGACCCCAAAUCGAUGAUGAACUUUGAUGGGUCCUGGAUAUCACACUGGAUUUUUACAGUCAUUGGGUUGACGCUGGUGAACCUACUUCGGAAUGAGAAAGACCCGGAGGCUCAGAAGAAAAUGCGGAGUCGGCUCCUAUCAAUCCGCGAUAAGAUGGCGAUACACGCAGCAAAAUAUCCAACAAAUCAUGCGGCAAUGUUCCAUUUACUAGAGGCGGAGAUUGCAGACCAGGCGCCUGAGGAUGGUACGAGAGACUUGGAAAGUGUGCUGUUGUUGUAUGAGAAGGCCAUUGCUUAUGCGACCGAAGGUGACUUCCCAUUGCACCAGUGUUUCGCGUUCGAGCUGGCAGCCAAGUGUCAUCUUAGGCAUGGACUUGUCACGAGUGCAAGAUGUCUGAUGGCGAACGCUUGCAAGGGCUAUCAGAACUGGGGUGCGCGCGGGAAGGUUCUCUGGUUCCACAAGGUUUAUCCCCAGAUGUUUGGGUCCCUGCCAGACGCCGAACUUAUAGUGCCAGCACGAGGACUGUUCUAUCGUCCCAACGAAGCAGAUUCCUACCUACCAAUUUAUCCCUUGACCUCCAGUGGACCAGCAGGAUCGGGAACUCUUAUUGCAGCCACUUUGCCGCCUGCGAACGGAACUUCUUCCUGGCUCAGUAGUAGUCCGAAGACGAUGUAUAGCCCCAGUAACUAUGGAAACGAUGCUGUCUCGGCGGCCGCGACAGCUAUGGCAGAGUCAUGCAUGGUGUCGAGUGUUUUGGCUGGAAGUGCUUCUUCUGUAAACCUAUCCACUGGUUCACUUCAUCAACUGCAAAGCAACUCAUUGGCCUCGCCGCAAUCUCCGGAGAUGGAUAGCACAGACUUGGAUGUCCUCGAUUUCUCGUCUGUCAUCGAAGCUAUGCAAGUUAUCGCAAGUGAGAUCGACCUGGAUCUGCUGCUGGUCAAGUCCUUAGGUGUACUCAACCAGAGCGUUGGAGCCAAGCGUUGUUGUGUGAUGAUAUCCAAGGACCAGGAUCUUGUCCUUGCAGCCUCUCAGGGCGCUAUGGGGCGGUGUGAAGCCGUGAACCCGCCGAUGAAAGUAAGCAAGUGUAGUUCAUUAUUCCACGGAAUCAUUAACUAUGUGGUCAAUACCUCAGCGCUAUGCCUGCUCACCAACGCCAAGGACGACCCCCGAUUCUGCGCAGACGACUAUUUGAAGCGUCGUGCAGACCUCAAGACUGUUCUCUGCGCCCCUAUCCUGCAUAAGGCAGGCAUGGUUGGAGUGCUAUAUAUGGAAGACUUUCCUGAGCGUGCUUUUGCGAACAAGCGGAUGUUAGUCAUGAACCUACUGGUGCAGCAGCUCGGCAUCUCGAUCACCAACGCCUUGCUUUAUCAGUCGGUCCUGCGGUCGGAAACGAAACUCAACGGGCUGUUAGAGAAUAUGCCAUGCGGCAUAGCACUCUGGGACGCGACCGCCGAAAACUGUCAGUACAUCAAUUCAAGCUGGAGAGACAUGACGGGCUUCACUGUGGAUGAAAUUAUGGACUCAGGAUGGGAAAUCUUGACGCACAAGGAUGAGGUUACGAUAUACGCGCAACAUUGGCAUGAGCGCGUUCAAGCAGGCGUACCCUGUCAAUGGGAGAGUCGUUAUAAACUGAAGGACGGAUCGUUUCGCUGGGCGAUCGUGCGGAUGUUGCCGAUCAAGUCUCCGCCAGAUAAUAAGAUCAUCCAAUGGCUUACGGUAACGAUCGAUAUUGAUGAUCAGAGACGCGCCGUGCAGCUCAAAUCCAACUUUUUGGCCAACAUGAGCCAUGAAUUGCGAACACCCUUUUCUGGGAUUUUAGGGAUGCUGUCUCUGUUGCGGGACUCAAGUGGGUUGUCACAUGAGCAGUUUGAAUUCGUGGAUAUGGCCAAAGCUUCCUGCGAGAUGCUUAUCCGGAUUGUGGACGACCUGCUCAACUUUAGCAAGUUGGAGGCGGAUAAGGUCACAUUGGAGCACAUCCCUCUUUGCUUUGAGGAGAUCCUUGGAGAUGUUUGUGAUUUGCUGGUUCCUCUCGCCUCCCGUAAGGGACUGGAACUUAUCAUCCUUUUUGACGAUGCUCUCCCAUUGAUCUUAAUUGGCGAUCCCGACAGGAUAAAGCAGAUCUUGAUGAAUCUUAUCGGCAACGCCAUCAAGUUCUCAAGCACAGGCAACGUCGUCGUUGAGUUCUGGCACGAGAGGAUCAGGCGUGAAGAUAUUAUUCGAUAUAAGAACGAAAAGUCCUCACAGAACGUGCUCGCUCUUCUCGCAGGAAAGAAAACGCAUAGGCAGCAACACGACAUUGAAGUUGACGAUUUAAAGCUGGGGGACGAAAUUACGUUGCACUGCACUGUCAAGGAUCAGGGAAUCGGCAUGACACCCGAGGAGCAAAAGAUGUUAUUUGUCUCCUUCCAACAAACGGAUAACGGCACAACUCGCAAAUAUGGUGGUACGGGUCUUGGACUCUCAAUUUGCUCACAGCUGAUUGCUCACAUGCAGGGCAAGAUCACGGUGGAGUCCGAGAAAGGCAAAGGCGCAACGUUCGCCUUCACGGCAAAGCUGAGGACGGAUACUGUGUAUGACGAGGAGCAGAGUCCAGCGGAAGCUGCGAGACUCAAGGAGUGUAGUAUGAUCCUAACCGCACGACUGGAGGCGAUCAAGCAAAAGACCGUUUUGAUCCUGUCACCGAACCGUCAGCUACGGCAGCAGAUCGUCAGGACGCUCAAGGGGACCAUUUGCGCCGAAUACGAUACUAUGGCAUCUGCGCUGGCCAGUGGAGCGAUCAUGAUGACCGAGGAAUCUAUUGGUUCAAACCAGCCUGACAACAUGAGUAUCGAUAAUUCAGAGCACCAUAUGGGGGCGGCUUCGCGUGAUCAAAAUGCAGCCGGGAUGUCGUGGGGCGGUAUAUCCACUAUUCAUAGCCUGACACAGUUUGAUUUUAUCUUGAUCGACCAUGUCCUGGACUCUGCGGAGCUUGACCGCAUCUAUCCCUCGCCAGCUGUUGCAUUUGUGUUGCUCUUGGCUCCUACGACUGAAACUCUUCGAUGGAUCCUCCCGCCGGCGACACGGAAGUCGCGCACGGAGUCGGAGGAACCCGAGUCUGCACAAGUUGACAUUGGAGGUCGAGGGAGAAUCUGCCGCCCUCUGGAGGUGGAUUGUGCACCAGGGAAGACCGCGGGUCGGGUCCAGAGGAUCACUCAUGAGAUGAGUGCCCAGCAGAACCACGCUGCCCUAGCUAACAUUGCUGGAAGUGCCGUCGUUUCCGAGGCUACCAUCGCGAACAAGCCUGCCAGCGUACCUUCGCAGCUGUUCAAGAAGCGGAAGUCGCGGGGCCAAAUUACAGUAGCGCGACCCAUCCCCCAUUCAGCUGACACGAGUAGCAAUGGCGUUCCAAGGCUGGAAACCACUACAUUCCAGGUAUACCGGAUGAUCAAGCCUGUGAGACGGAUGAAGUUGUUACAGAUACUGUACAACGCACUCAAUCAGCAUGGCCAGACGAGAAAGAACUCGGUGACAUCGGAUGUAGGACGGCAUGUCGUGCGCGAUGGUGAGCAUGUUGGACAAGAUGGGCAAAGCUUUGAUUACGAUAAUGGCCAGGAGAAUGAUAGACGACGGCGACACUCCUUAGAUAGAGCUACGUCUCUUUCAACGUCAUCGUCCCCAUCUACAUUCUCAUCGUACUCUGAAUCGCCUCAAAGACGGUCAGCUUCGCCCAUGUCGACUUCGUCCUCGUCCGAGCCGUCUUCAUCGCUGAAGCGGAGACGAGAUCAAGCAACUCUGGAUAUAUUGACGGGUGGAGAACUGAAAAGACGUUACAAAACGACCCUGAGCGACCCUGAGCUGCCAACUCUUUUGGAUGAGACAAUGGACUCUUUGGAUCCUGUCGCGGAGAAGGAACCUCUGCGGAAUCUGGGACUGAGUGGCACCCUGAUCGGGGUACAUGAUGGUAACAUGCCUAGACGUGCCCGUAACAACGAUGCGCUGACGCUGCUCUUGACCUCGGAGCAACGGGAAAGCUGUCGCGGAAAGAACGUUUUAGUCGCUGAAGACGAUUUUGUAUCACAAAAGAUUUUGGAGAAACAACUGUCUAAGUUAGGGAUGAAUGUCUUUAUCGCUAACAAUGGUCAGGAAGCUGUUGACGAAUGGCUUUCUGUCGAACUUGGACACUACGCCAUCGCGAUCUUUGACCAUCACAUGCCUAUCAUGGACGGACUGGCAGCAACCCGGAAGGUGCGCGCAUUUGAAGCUGAAUUUGCACAGGACCAGAAAAAUGGUGAUCAACUGCUGCGUAUUCCGAUUGUCGGACUCAGUGCUGAUAUUCAACAAUCAACAAAAGAGUCAUGUAUCAAAGCAGGCAUGGACGAGUACAUGACCAAACCGCUGCUCACCAAGGGACUUGCGCUGCUGAUCCAGCAUUACUGCUGCAACUAGUGCUAUUGUGGCAAAAUUACUGCU